AUGUAUCAGCCUAGCCUACUAGAGCAGUUUAUUAUGGCUCAAAAACGUGGAGGUUAUCAGAAGUAUUUGGAGAGCGAAUCAGACGAGAUUCCAAGGAGAACCAAGUACAGAUGGAAAAGACAGAGAAAGAGAGAGGAGGACUUGGCGCAUUCCCAAGAAAACCUGGGCAAGGGUUCCAGGGUUGCAAUGCCUGGAUCUUCAAAGGCAAAGGAAAAUGCAUCUGAUCCUGAAGAGGGCAUGAGCGGUGAAAACACAGGACCUAGUAGAGACUUGAUGCAAGGAGAUUCUGAUGAAGACAGCAUGCCUGGGCCUUCAAUGAGUGAGGAAGAGGCAUCUCGUUUUGAGGAGAGCCAGGCUGAUGAGGAGAAUCUUGAGGGCACGGGCGGUGAAAACGAAGGAGCCAGUAGAGACUUGACGCAGGGAGAUUCAGAUGAAGAAAGCAUGACUGGGCCUUCAGUGAAUGAGGACGAUCCAUCAGAUCCUGGAGAGAACCUGUCUGAUGAUGGUGUGAUUGCUGGAAGUCAAGGAGCCGAGGAAGAUUUGAUUCAAGUUGAAGCUGAUGCGGACAGCAUGCCUGUGUCUUCAGAAGACAAACCAACAGAUGAUCUGUUGUUUCCUGGGGCAAGUUUUACAAAAAAAGAGACUGUAUUGAUGCUGAUGUCUUAUGUGUUACGGCAUAAUUUAACCAGCGAAGCAGUAAGUCACUUAUUGGAAAUGUUUAACAUAAUGUUCCCAGAGUACCAACACAAUGUGUGCUUGGGAGUCACUCGUCAGAUAGCUUCAUUGUGGUUUGAUACUGAAAACCACGAGAGGCCCUGGUAUACCGGCAGACAAAUAGAGGAAGUGAAUUGA